UAAAAGCAAAACUGUGACAGAGGAGAAGUUUGUGAACAUGGAGAGAAGGAACAGAGCACUUUUAAUGGGACUGAUCAUCAUCCAGGCGGCAGAGGUGAUUGCAGACAUAUGCUCUGAGGAGGUAUCGCUUCUGAGAGAGAAAGAGAGAGACCUGAGAGUCCAACUGCAGAGACAAGAGCUAAUUAUACAGAGGAUCAAACAAAGAAGAACCAUCAACAACAGAGGAGAGAGAGUGGAACAGCCAGCCAAUUCACAGUACAGGGACUGCUCUGAGGUUUUCAGAGCUGGUUUCAAGUCCAGCGGUUCGUACAGGAUCAGGCUUCAGAACAGUCCUUCCCAGGUCCGAGUUUACUGUGACAUGAGCGGAGGAGGAGGGUGGACCAUUAUACAGAGACGCACCGACGGAUCACAGAGCUUUAACAGGUCCUGGGAGGACUACAAAAAUGGGUUUGGAGAUUUUGAAUCAGAUUUGGGGGAGUUUUGGCUCGGAAAUGAUAACCUGCAUUACCUCACAGCACAAGGGAACUAUUCUCUGAGAAUAAACCUGGAGGAUUUUGAUGGAAACCAUCGCUAUGCAGAGUACACAGCCUUCAGAGUGGGAGAGGAACAGGAUCAGUACCAGCUCUCCUUUGGCGAGUAUGUGGGCACGGCUGGAGACGCUCUCUCAGGGAAGUUUGAAACGGGAGCUGUGUCCUGGUCCAGCCAUCAGGGGGCGAACUUCAGCACCUUUGACCGCGAUAACGACAAUUACAAUGGAAACUGUGCAGAGGAAGAUCAGGGAGGCUGGUGGUUCAACAAGUGUCACUCUACUCACCUGAAUGGGCAGUACUACCCAGGAGGACACUACAGCGCCUGGUCCGAUAAUGGCAUUGUGUGGUUUCCAUGGAGAGGCUGGUGGUACUCACUCAAAGCCACUGUCAUGGAGAUCAGACCCACCGGAUUCAAGAUGGCUGACAUUGAUGACCCCAACACUGUGCAUGCAAAACCCCUCUCCUAAAGGGAGGGGGGGGUUAAGCCUUGGUUUAGAACUGGUUUAGACCUGAAGACUGCAAUUAGAGUUGCAAAAAUGCACAUGUGAUACAGGAAGGACAGUCUAGAAAGAAAUGAGAAAUGCAAACAUUUUAAAUCCGUAACCACAAAAUUAUUCCUCCAAAAACAUGAAUGAGUUUCAGCUUCCUGUUAUAUGUAACCAUUUGAGGGCCUUCUCCCCAUUCAAAAUACAUACAAAUUUGUUGUAAUUGCUAAUCACGUAGCAACGGUCUUCAUCAUUCUGGAUCCAUGGAUAACUGAAGUCAAAAUGUUGAAAGAAAGGAAAAACGCCCUCUGCUGGUUACCAUAAUCAGGCUAUCUUUACAGUGGUGUUUGUAUCUGUUUUUUAAUAAUAAUAUUGGGGAUUAUUAAAACUACUUUUCAAAGAAUUAUAAUAUAUUUCUUAAGAUUGUAUAUAAAUUAAAGUUAAAAGUAGCACUACAUAACUUUCCUGAUAGAGGGUCUGCCACCUGGUUGUCUCCACGGAGAUCGUCUUUGCUUUUCUCUGUCUUGGUCCAGUUUGGCAUUAAAACUACAAAUCUCCAUGUAUACAAGCAAGUGACUCUACAAUGCAAAGUCAGAUCUAUGGAGAGAUGACCCUGCUUGCAUGCUUUUCAAGAUGUUGAAUAAACUUAAUUCCAUACUGUGGAAUAUUCCAGGCAAAAUAAUGACAUGCCGAUGGAGACAAAAAGGUAGUGUACAAAGUUACAUAGUGCACCUUUAAGAUACACUUUAUUGUCCCUGUAAUGUAGAGAGUAAAUGAAAGUAUGUAUACCAUUUUAAACCAUUGAUUUGUGCAUUUAUUGUAAAAUACUAGCUUUUAUAGCAAAAGACAAACUUUAAAUCUGUCAACUGGACAAAUCGUUGUAAGAGUGAAGACGUUUUGCUGCUCAUCCAAGCCGCUUCUUCAGUUCUGGUCUGGUAUUAAAGCGACUAGCUUUAAUAUUGUUUAAAGUGGCACAUUCACUGUAGAUCUUUGGCCAGAGGGUGGCAGCAAAGCAUACUUAUUGACAAUGUGUUUUGUUUUUGUUUUUUUGCAGACAUGCUUUUUAAUCUUAAAUACACAAAUUCAUGCUAACUGAAUAUAUCAUGUACAUAUAUAAGGAUUCAUGCUGAGUGUUAAACUGUGAUGACUGUGACUUCAGCAAAUUUGGAAGACUGAAAAUAGGAAGUGCUGAGAGUGAGGGCCUAAAAGAGGAACUCAGAUUUGUACCAAAAGUCUUAACUUUGGAGGAAGACAUUUUCUGGCACUUUCCACUGGCCUGUACUUUUUGUGGAUGAAAGAUAAUGAUCAGAAAGAUUAUUUAUGUUUUUAUUCUAUGCAAAAGAAGUUUUAGAUAAUGCUGCCUGAAGGCUAGUGUUUUGAUCCCACCUCUGAAAAUUCAAUGCUGUUGUGUCAUUGGGGGAAGACACUAACACACACUAUGUCUAUAUAGUUUAUAAACUAUAGUCUAGUCUAAUUUUUGACCCUAUAGUCUUUACCUAACAGAGCAAUAAAAUGGUAUUAAAAUACUUAAUGCUUGCUGAAUUAUCAUAACUAUAUAGAAGCAACUUCAUCUAAUCUUGUAUCUGACCUUUUUGAUUAAUAAAAGGCAAUAAGGGACAUAUUUACUCCCCCCCAAAUAAAAAUCAAUAAAAUGAUUAC